CCUAUAAGCUAUCCAGAUGGUUAUACAUUAACCCAGUUAUUUUUACUUGCUAGACAUGGAUCGAGAUUACCGAAUCUAGACCAGAUUCAAGGAUUUAAUAAAAUUGAUAAAGCAUUUGCAAAUGUUUCUGUAUCAAAAGAUUGGCCUAAACAUCCUUUUCUCGAGGAAAAAAAUUUUCGAUUAACUACAAGAGGUAAACGUGAAGCUUAUUACCUUGGUUUACAAUCUCUUAAAAGAUACGGAAAAUUUUGGAAAAAUGUCGAAUAUGACCCUGACAUUGUAAAAUUUCAGACUGCUAAUACUUUUUGGAUUAGUCAAUCAUCAAUGUCUUUUUCGGAAGCAUUAUUGGAUGGAACUGGCCCUGUAGGUCCUUGUAAAAAUGAGCCAGUAUACAUUUGGUCUUUUCAACCGGGUCAUGAUGCUUUUUUAGAAAUGUGGAAUGCUUGUCUACGUUGGAACCAGACAGUUUCAACUAAUUUUACACGUUACAUAGAGCAAACUUAUUCUUAUAGUAAUAAGACUUUAGUACCAAUAGCAGAAAGAAUGUCCAAAAAAUACAAUAUCAAUCCACCUCUUGAUCCGUAUUUAGUGCCAUAUAUAUUUUAUUAUUGUCAAUUCUGGGUCCUUCAAUUUAAUCGAACUGAUACUUGGUGCGGACUGCUAAGCGAUGAUGAACUUAUAUUAGCUAAAUAUUAUUGGAAUAUGAGAAAUUAUUAUCAAUAUUCAUAUGGGAAUCCUCUUAAUGAGCAAUUGGGCUGUGCCUACAUUACACAAUUUGUAAAUAGCGUUGAGGAUUACUUAAACGGAAAAUCUCGGAUGAUAGCUGAUAUGAAAUUUGCUCAUGGAUUUACUGAGUCUGUUGUACUUACUUUACUGGGUGUAUUUAAAAAUGAAAAUCCACUUACAGCAGAUUUAUCUCUUGAAAAAAUAAAAAGCUUAAAAUAUACAGAACAAGAAGUUCUAUAUUGGUCUUCUACUUCUUACUUUGAAAUUUAUACUUCUCCAGGCAAGGAUGUAUUAAUGCGACUUUGUGUUAAUUCUGAACCAUAUAUAAUUCCAGGUUGUGAUGGUGAAUAUUGUAAAUGGAGUAUAUUUAAAAAGAUUUUGGGUGAUAAGAUUAAUUGUGAUUUUGGAAAGUUGUGUGCUAAUCCUUA